AUGCAUUGCUUUAAGAUCAUCCCUAUUACCUUCCUUACUGCGCUCGCCACUGCAGCAGCCAUCCCUUCCAGCAGUGAUGAGGGCUUGAAUCAUUUGGAAGACCGCGACUCACAGCAGGUCGCCCGACAGGCCGUCCAGAACGCUAUCACCGCUGCGCAAAUGCAAGCAGAGCAAGACGCAGCUGCAGAUGCCGCGGCGAGACCCGGAAGCAACAUAUAUGCCCAUCUCAUCCUAUAA